GAUUAGUGUGGGGGAUAAACUGGGGCAGACCCGAAUAUACCCAGCAUGGUCAGCCCAAGAGCCAACACCGCCGAUUAGGGGAACGGGGACCUGAGCAGCAUCCGGAAGACGCUUCUUGACCCCGAAACAAAGCUCUACGGAGGUAAGGCGGUGGACAUGGCGGUGUUCUGGUUCUGGCCUGCGACAGCAAAUCAGACAUUCCCAACCAUCUGUCUAAUCUGUCUUCGCCAAUGGUCGUACCGAAUUCCUCUCAAUUGGCGUCUCUCACCCUCUCCAACCCUCAAUCCCAUCAUGCCAUUGGGGUGCAUCGUAGUACACCCUACGGACACUAGUUUUCGGCGCCAAAAUACCGGCGGUGGGAAGGCCAGGCCCAGUAGGGAAAUUUUUGGGUUGACAGGGCACUAUCGUGAAGUUGUGGAGUCGACAGCCGCAGGUGACGUCGGGUGACAGCGACCUGACCUAAUAGGAGCUCCCCAAGCUAAAACUCAUGGGGUCUCCUGAACAGCUGAGAUCCAGCUAGGAAGAGAGGAAAAAAGACACAAAAACCUCUGACCAUCCAUCACUCCCUUUCCCAUACCAAUUCAUUUACGGUUCUCUCACCUCUUCUACUUGAUACUCGAGAAAGAGUGUGCAUUGCAGGAUUGCAAUAGAGAACAUCGCCACUUCCUCAGCAAGGUCCAAGAAUUUCAAAUUCUUUAGCAGACCUGACCUCAUUCCUACUUCCCAAAUUUUCUAAUCCUCACCUCCAUAAGAACCAACCGCCCAUAAUGUUUCGAACUCAAUUACUUCGUCAAACCGCCCGAGCAACACGCUUAACUCCCUCCCUCACUACACGCGCCCUUCCCGCCCUCCAAAUCCAACGUCCCUUCCAGACCAGCUCAUUGCUGCGAAGAGAAGAGAAAUCCGACGAAGACCAUGAAGGUUCCUUUGCACGAACUGAUUCCUCGGUGCAGGUCGAAUACAUAGAGAAAGAGUUGCCUUCUAGUAAACCAGUCCAGGGAAGAGGAGGACUACAUUUCAAGCGUACGCUGGCUUCUUUCUCGCUGGAGGGAAGAGUCGGUGUGGUGACGGGUGGUGCCAGAGGUUUGGGUUUGGUGAUGAGUCAAGCUAUGGUGAUUAGUGGUGCUGAUGUUGCCAUUGUGGAUUUGAACAGUAUGUUUCUGCAAUGGUCUCUAAUAAGCGGUGUUGAUACUGAUUUAUGGAAUAGAGGAGGAAGCCCAAAAGCAAGCUGAAGAAUUGAUGGCAUCAUUCCGAAAAGAAAACCCUGGAGCCGAGCAGUACGUCCCCUUUUCCCUCCCUCGCUCAGCCAACAAUAACUAAUAAACACCUCAGAGUCCCCAAAGUAACUGCUCACUACGCCGACGUCUCCUCCCCCGAGUCCGUCGACGCCGCAAUCGGAGAAGUAAUCCAACAACAUGGCAAAAUCGACAAUCUCGUCACGUCCGCCGGUUUCACCGAGAACUUCGAAGCAAUCAACUACCCCAUCGACCGAGUACGCAAGCUCUGGGGCGUCAACGUGGAUGGUACAUAUCUCUUCGCAAUCGCCGUGGCCAAACACUUGAUGGAACGCAAGGCCAAUGGAAGUAUGGUCUUCAUUGGUAGUAUGUCUGGAGCCAUUGUCAAUGUGCCACAACCACAGGCGCCUUAUAAUGCUGCUAAGGCGGCGGUUAGACAUUUGGCUUCGAGUUUGGCGGUUGAGUGGGCACAUGCUGGGAUUAGGGUGAACUGUAUUUCUCCAGGUUAUAUGCUGACUGCUUUGUAUGUUGCCCUUAUUCCUCUUAUCUUUGAAUUCAGCGCCCCCAGCUUCCUUCCCUUAAAUCUGUCAACUAUACUAACAAGAUUUCAGAACCAAGAAGAUCCUCGACGAGAACCCAGACCUCAAGAAACAAUGGACCUCUCUUAUUCCACAAGGAAAGAUGGGUCAGCCAGAGGACUUGAUGGGAGCUGUUACCUAUCUCUGCUCUGAUGCUUCAAACUACGUUACUGGUAUGUUUUAUUUCUUUCACAGUUCCCUUCUUCACCAUCACCCAUUCCUUUCGAGGAGACCCUGAAAAAAAAUUCAAUUUCCAUAAGUCCUCACCCAUAAAACAAUUCCACUAACUCAAAACAGGAGCCGAUCUCCGUGUCGACGGUGGUUACACCGUUACAUAAACAACCCAAUCCAACUUCGGAUCAAGGUUGUACGUUUGGGGCGGUGGGAAAAGGUAGCGGGAGGAGUUGGCUUGGAGCCGUGUAGAAAAAAAAAAUGUCACUCAUAGAUAUGUUGUUACUAGAAGGGGUCCUUUCCGUGCCCUCCCACUUCUCACAGGAUCGUGGGAAGUGGAUGGGACAUAUUUCGAAAUGUUGGUUCUGGAUUGGCCGGGGCUUGCUGGUUUGGUACUCAUGAUUUUCUGAUGACAGAGAGAGAAAUACUUAAUCAUAGUUUAUGAAUGCUUCCGAAAUGAAAUGAAAUGUUUAUUCCGCU